GACGUCACGGCGCCACGCACAAGCUGUUUCCAGGACGACCGCGUCCGUCCCACAGUAGCUGAAAGAGCGAGAAGGACUUAUUCGAGGCGCCGACGAUGGAGGAAAGCGUUCGGCCCCUGAGGGUCCCCCCUCAGAUGUCCAUCUACGCCGACCAGCACAACGUCAUACACCUCGUCCAGAGUAUGGUGUCCAGCCUGGCUGUGGACCAGCCUGAAGAUCCCAUCGCGUACCUUCUGCUUCUGCUGCAGGAGAGCAGCGUGCACGGUCAGUCUCCUCCACGCACGCAAUGUUUGAACGCCAGAUGGCGCUGCCGCACACCGCAUUCGCGCUCGUUCGCUUCUCCCGUGUGCGUGUGUGCGUACGUGUCAGUUCCCAGGGUGGUCCUGCUGGGUCCUCCCGCGGUGGGGAAAACCUCCCUGGCCAGGAAGCUGCGCGCCGAGCUCGGAGCUGUGCACGUCACCAUGGAAACGCUACUGGACGACCAAUCGCAGCUCAGCGAACGAGCGCGCCGGUACACGCUCGGACGACAGGAGGUUCCCGAUGAUCUUCUGGUCGACUUGAUUCGAGAGCGACUCAAACGGGCCGACUGCUUCAACACGGGCUGGGUUCUCGACGGACUUCCUCAAACGCGGCCGCAGGCUCGGGGUCUCCAGCAGGGCGGCGUCAUUCCCAAACACGUGGUGCUGCUGGACGCCGGCGAAGACGUUCUUCUGGAGCGGCACCGCGGCCGGCUUCUGGACCCGCUCACCGGAGACGUGUACCACGAGACGUUCGUGCGGCCGUGCGACGACGCGGCGGAGCGGCGUGCGCGGAAGAGGCCCGACGCCUGCGACGGCGGUCCGAGGGCUGACCUGCAGCGACAUCGCUGCGAGGUCACCGGGAUAAGCUCCGCCUACCGACACAUCCUCAAGACGGUGGACGCCGACCAGCCGCCGACGGACGUCUACCGACAAGUGGUGGCGUUCUUGCGGACUCGACGUUGUUCCAGAACUCCCCGAGUUCUCCUGUUAGGUCCUCCAGGCUCGGGGAAGAAACAUCAAGCCAAGAUGCUGGCUGACAAAUACAAGAUGGUGGAUUUGUGUUGCGGUGACCUUCUCCGUUGGGCUGAAGCGGACCCGUCUUUGAUAGGGGAGGAGGUCCGGACGUACCUGCAGCACAAUCGCACAGUUCCAAACAGCGUGACCUUGAAAGUCCUCCAAGAGCGUCUGAACCGCGCAGACUGCAGCCAGCGAGGUUGGAUCCUUCACCACCUGCCGUGCGACCUCCAGCACGCCAAACACCUCAUGCGCUCUCUCAACGCGCCCAACAGGGUUUUCUUCCUGGAGUUGACGGACGACGUUUGUUUACAAAGAACUGCGAUGAAGCACACGCCGGCUGAUGCCAGCGUUCGCACGGCGACCAGCGACGUCCACGAGUGUGAUGACAACACGCGUACUGUCACACACGCGCUCGGCGUGUACAGGACACACACCGCAGGCCUGCAGGGUGUGUUUCCAGAUGGCGUGCACGUGGACGCGGAUCAGGAUCCUCGGUUCGUGUUUGAGGCUCUUGAUCGACAACUCACUAUACAAACACACAAACACUGACGCACGCGCACACACUUGACACACAGAGAAACUGACACGCACAGACA